AUGUACGAGGGUCAAUGGAAAAUUCUGAAAAGAUUCAAUGUGGUAAACGCACCUGAGUCGGUAGGACGGUUUGCGGAUAAUCCCUUUGAGUUAAUUAUCAACGAACAUACGGAAUCGGAUACAGCUCAGGGACCCGACCUUCCUCACUACAUGGUGUUUAAAGAUUUCAAACAAGUUAAGGCUGGUCAGCGCUUGACACCUAGUCCAUUAGACAACUUUGAAACAUCUACUUAUAUGUGCUGCGAUGCCGGAAAUGUAGAUUUCAUAGGUUAUCUUGAUUCGGUUAAGAAACCAACUUGGGUGCAUGACCGGACAUUCACUUUGACGGACGAGAAAAUAACCGCGCAGAUCAAAUUUACCCUCAAAGACACUUGUGGAACGUCUAUUAAUUUUCUGGCCUACGGUGAGUUGGCGUUACUAAUUGAUGAUAGGGGUUUUAAGAACGGAGACAACGAAGUUAUUAUGACCUUAAGCGACUGGAAACUUGCUUAUAUUCCAAGAACUGGGGAGUAUAUGAUCAAGUCUGUCGCUGGGAUUUCUCGGUUUAAAUUCAACGCAGAAUUGUAUGAUGUUGAUGCUUUCAGGUGGAAGUAG